UGGCCGAAGCACUGGGACCUCAGACUCGGCUUGACAACACAUCUCUGAGCAGUGAUCGGAGCGACACGUGGCGUGAGAACAUCGCCUUGAGCCUCAUCUCACCAUACUGUAUCUUGUGGUGGCGUCUGUAGAGUGCAGACGUAAUUGCACAACACGGACCCGGAUAGUCUGCUUCAUGAGCUUGUGCGCCUACCAAGCCUGACCCAGCAAGUGGUGGUUACUUACGUAGUCCUUCAUCAUAGUGGCGGAGCUUCUGAAAUUGCAGAAAUUCAGAACGGAACCAGAGCAACAGGAAAUUACCAAUGAGUCGCAUGCGCCCAAAACCAGAUGUCCAGAAGUUACUGAAAUUCAUCAACAAUGGAAGCAAUGCAAGCCUCCAACAAUUUAACACCUUAGCACCCACCAAGAGGAAAAUAACAACUUUGCUGAAGAGCAACCCUCAAGGUAUUGCUCUUGAGAAGUUUAGUACUGCAUAUGAAGCCGAGUUUGGAGAGUGGCUGAAACCGUCAGUGUUUGGUUAUUCUGACAUUGUGGAGAUGCUCAAAACCUUGGAUGACAUUGUGGACAUGAAGUUCUUUGAAUUCAGUGACCAAAUGUUGCUGUUUUCAAAAUCAGAGGAAAGUAAAGGUCCAGACAAUAAAGAAAAGAAUACAACCACCACAAAGAUGAGGAAGGAGGCAAUUGACACUUUCCGCACCAUCAUUAGCAGCUUGGGUGGCAUAAGUGUAGAUUUGCUCAUUUCAGAAUAUGAGUCAAGGGCAAACCAAAAGCUGAAUCUUCAGGAGCUUGGAUUUGAUUCCUUUCCCCACUUAAUUUCCCACCUCAGUGAGGUGUUCAAAACCUGCAAGAAAGAUGGACAAGUUUUCCUCCUGGACCCUGCCAGCCCAACCACCGCUCUGUUACAGGAUUCCACAGAACACACAAAUACUACUCCAUCUGAAGGAAUGAGUAGAAGCUUUGACACUCAAACAACAAUGAAUUUAAGGAAGCUGCUGGAGGAAGAGUUUCCUUUUGGACUGGAAUUGAAUGAGCUUUAUGCAGCAUAUGAGGGAUUUUAUGGCUCCAGUCACAAGGAUCUGGACCAUGAAAAACACGGCUUCACUUCGCUUGAGGCUUUCCUUCUUGCCAACUUUAGUGUGGUGAGCCUCUACCAUCACCAAGGCACCACAUGUGUCUUGCCCUGCCAGCCUCUCCAACAUCCCAAACCAGAACAAAUCAACUUGUCAUAUACAGGAAAAGUGGUUGGCCCUGAUGAAAGUUACUCUCUGGUGGAGAGACUUCCUCCUGGGAAGGUGGAGGUAGUAGUGGGCGAAGUGUACACACCUAAGUGGUUUUGGGUCAUGCACUACGGAGAGAACUAUUCAAAGCAACUGGACAAGCUUAUGGAUAGGAUGCUGGAAUUUUACAGCAGUGCGCUCGGGAAUCGUUACAGACUCAAUGAAAGACGUGUUACAAAUCAAAUGGCUGUUGCAGCAUUAUAUCCAUGUGAUCAGAACUUCUAUCGAGCCUUUGUCCUUUCAGUGAAAGACCUCACCACAGUUAAGCUCUUUUUUGUUGAUUAUGGCACUGUGUGUGUAAGCCGUUUGGAUCAGCUCCGCCUCCUUCAUAAAAACUUUUUUGCAUUGCCUGCUCAAGCCAUCAAGUGUUCCCUUUAUGGUGUAUUGCCAACAAAUGGGAAGAGGACAUGGGACCACACUUGUUCCAAGAGGUUCUUAGACUUGGUACAGAACCAAAGGGUGAUAGCUGAAGUAGUAUCUGAAGAGAUGACAACAGUCAUCAAGUUGUGGGACACUUCCCAGGGAGAAGAUGUCAACAUUGGAGACCUACUGAUGAGAAAUGAUGAACUUAGUUAUGGUUCAGAAAAUUUGGAUGACCCCAGUUACACUGAAAAGGCUAUAGCUUCCCUCUCCAUUCCUGCUUUGAAAGUAGACAGUGAGUCACUUAGUAAAAGUAGUAGUUCUUCCUUGGGGCUAGAAGAGGACUCAUCACAGCAAAAAGGAGCUGGAACCCAGAAUCUUUCAGCACAUGAGGAAGGAGCUUCAGGUCAAGCAAAGAACUUGGAUGCACAAUGUAACAUCAACUCAACACCCAGCCAUAUAAGACAGUCAGAAGAAAGCCUUCCCCAAACCAGGAGUGCAGCAAGCACUUCAGAUCACUCUCUUCAUGAUUUUUCACAAAUAGAGAAUUCCAGUAGUGACCCUACAAAUGAGACUGCAGCAGCAGGAGGCCCACAGCCUUACAUGGCAUCAACACCUAUGGAGAAGGAGAUAGUGACAGUGGGCUGCUCUUCAAUGUUCUCAAAUGAGAUAUUUCUUAGUGAUGAAGAAUAUCCUGAAGACAAUAGUGAAGAAGAUGGUCUCAACCACAGCUUCCUGAUUCAUUCUAUGGAAGUUACUUUUAACAAGAAAAUUCAUGUCAUAAUCAUUAAUGGAGUUCAGUAUGUACUGAGUGCAGAAUUCCCACACAUGGAGGACAAAGUGUGUCAUCUUGGAGUAACCCUCAGGAAGGAAGUUGAUCAGGAUAUUUACAAUUUUUUGAUUGAAAAUGGUUGCAACAUUUAUGAGCCCAAUGGAGAAGUGAGAGCCACUCUCAUCCUCUAUCCUCUCACCCAAAUGGCAACAGUUCUUGCCCAGAAUGGCUACAGCAUAGCCACACCUCUCUCUCAAGAAAUGGAUAUUGUUCAGAAAUGGAGCCCUAAACAUCAUUCCUCAGAAUUGGGGAAAAAAGGGAAUUACGAGUUACUCACAUUUCCAAACAUGCAUCACAGUAGCUCAAGCAGUGGAAGUGCCGGAGCCAAGACCUACAGGCAUGGGGCACAGGUCAAACCUCCACGCAGGCCAUAUAAAAGCAUAAGUUGAACCAGUGGAACCCAGUAACAACAGUAGCAUGGAAUAUUUGUCACCAAUGAGAGUUGGGACAGGUUUGUACUGUGAAGUGUAAUGUGAGCCUGUUCUUGUAGCCAGCAUAACUUACUUUCUUGUGGUUCUGUUUUAAUUAGUAAGAAAAAAAUAAUUGAAUUGCUUAUAAAGUAUAGUUUAGAGAGAAUAAGUUAUACUCUGAAAUACUUGUAGUUUGUUUCACAUCACUUAUCAAGCUCAUGUAGGAUAUAGUUGCUGAGAUACAGUAUUUACAGUUUAGAGGAUGAAUAUCGUGCUACUGGGAUUUUUCUUAUUUAUUAUGGUAAACCCAUGUAAUUUCCAAAUGUCUUGUUUCAUUCAUAGAAUACAAAAUUCUGAAGAUCUUGUAUUAAAAUUUACUUAUUGGUAUUCAGUAAGGUGAAUUUUAGUGGAAUACCGUGAUGCACAUAUACUUAAUGUGUACAACUUAUGCAGAGUAUUGGUGGUUAAUGACACUGUGAUUUGAAGUGGUGGAUAUUUGUCUUGUUUAGGUGUCUGGAACUUUUUCUUCAUGUGGAUAUUUGUCUUCUUUAGGUGUCGAUUUUUUUUUUUUUUUUUU